AUGGCGUUACGAAAGUUGAGCGAUUUAUCAACGAUUCGCCAAUUCGGCAGAAUCCUUAUCAAAGGGAAUCCUCCUCCGAUGAUUGGACGUUGUCUGGUGGCUACACCAAUAGGAUCUGUUCAACAGGCGCGUCGGACGAUUCAUACGCAUGAUCUGGGCGGUUCCAGAACGAGUGCCAGGGCGAGUGAAAAAUUUAACUUUAACGCCUCGGAAGACGGCCCACGAAUUGGAGCAGUUUUUGAACAGACUUCCAGCCGAUCGGUGGCCGUUGAAUUGAUUGAUGGUCGAAGGUUCGAAUUUCCCUUAAUUUGGUUACGUGAUAACUGUCAGUGUCGAGAGUGCUUUCAUCCGGGAUCUUACAGUAGAAUUCUGAACUGGGAGAACAUAGACGUGGAUAGCAUUCGUUUGAAAAACUGUUCAAAAAACUCAGCCGGUGACACCUUGAAAUUAUUGUGGAUUGAUGAUCACAUUUCGGAGUUCCCCUUGGACUGGUUAGUGGCUCGUAACUUUAGCGAAGAUAAUUGCAGUGAUUAUCUAAAUGAAUGGUAUCGACCUAAGGCGAGGUUUUGGGGACAACGGGAUUUCCCGGUAGUUCUGAAGAAUUUCGAAUACAGUGAUGUGAUUUCCGAUGAUGGAGCCUUACGCGAAUGGAUCGAGUCGUUGAUACGGUUUGGCAUCGUAAUGAUCAAGAAUGCUCCACUUGACGAUGAGGUAGCUAGAAAGUUGGCCAAUCGAAUUGGGUUCAUCCGGAGAACUCAUUACGGUGACGAGUACAUCAUCAAAGCUAAAGAGGAAACCAGUAAUGUUGCCUAUCUGGCGGCACCCCUGCAGAUGCACACGGAUUUACCCUACUACGAGUAUCUACCUGGUUGUAAUCUACUUCACUACAUAGUUCAAACGGAAUCGGCUGGAGGUCAGAACCUGAUAGUCGAUGCUAUGUAUGUGGCCGAACGGUUGCGCCAGGAGCAUCCAGAUGACUUCCGGCUUCUCUCGGAAACUUUGGUCAACUGGUGCGAUGUUGGAACCGAUGAGGGACGACAAUUUCAUAGCAUCUACCGCGCACCGGUGAUUUGCCUUGGUCGUGAUGGAUCAAUUGAACGAAUUCUUCAGAGUAUCCCGCAAAGAGAUAGCUUCUUCAACAUACCCAUGAAGCGAGUGGAACCCUGGUACCGAGCGUUGGCUAAAUUCAUCCAGAUGAUCUACCAAGAGUCGGUCCAGUUCAAAACGGCUUCCGGGGACAUUCUUGCAUUCAGUAAUGUUCGAAUGCUUCACGGACGCAAAGGUUACACCGAUACCGAUGCCAACACUCGGCAUGUGGUUGGAGCGUUCAUGGAUUGGGACGAGAUCUACUCCCGGUGGAGGGUUCUGAAGGGAUUUCAAAUGAAGUUGCAGCAUCCUUUAGCAUUUUCUAACCGCAGAUUUAACAGCUCGGCCUUCACCUCCCAGAAUUGCGUGAUCAUGCUCCUCAUUUGUCCAUGCCAUCAUUCCAAACUGAGGGACUGCCAACAGGCAAUAGCAGCGGCGAUGAGGUCACCGACCAGCGAGGGGGGCCGUCCGGGAGGACAGCACGCAGGAACUGUGAAAUAA